UUUAUGCGUUUAUCUCCAAAAACAACCAUUGGAUCUAUUGUUGAAAUUGAAAGAUGACUGGGAAGGACGAGUUCGUCUCUUACUCGCCCCUUCCCUCAAACCCUAAUCCCAAUCCUUACGCUUAUCAUUACCCAAAUCCUAGUUCUUACCCCCAAAACGUUGUCGUUCUCCUACCCACCUACCGCCCUCGUUUUCACCGCCGUCGCCGCCGCUGCAUCCUCUACUCCUCCGCACUCUUCCUCUUCAUCCUCUUCGCCGGUGCAGCCUUCCUCCUCUUCCCCUCCGACCCGGAGGUACGCCUCGUCCGGAUCGGGCUGAACCACAUUGGGAUCCGAACCAACCCGAAGCCCAUUCUCGACAUUUCCUUCUCCCUCACGGUCAAAGUUCGCAACCGAGACUUCUUCUCCUUAUCGUACGACACCCUCGCCGUCUCCGUUGGCUACCGCGGCCGCCAAAUAGGGUUUGUCACCGCCCCUGGAACCGGUGGACGCAUCAGGGCGCGCGCCUCCUCCUACGUCGACGCCACGCUCACCGUCGACGGGUUUGAGGUUCUCUACGAUGCGUUCUACCUUAUCGAAGAUAUCGCUAAGGGUGUGAUUCCGUUUGACACUGAGUCGCGAGUUGAAGGGAAGUUGGGGCUUUUCUUCUUCACUGUUCCUUUGAAGGCGACGGUGUCAUGCGAAGUUUAUGUGAAUAUAAACCAGCAGAGAAUUGUGCGUCAAGACUGCUUUCCUGAGGUGAGGAUUUUCAUUUCUCAUAUCUGUCUACCAUUUACAAUUUUGUCUCCAUAUUCAUAGCCCAGGAAUGAUCUUUGUCAUCUAUAGAUAGAAAUUGUUCCGCUGAUCCUGUCCAUAUUUUUUUACUGAAUUGCAUGCUUUAUCUGAUUUAUACUCCAGCAAGUAAUUUUUAGGUUCAAAUGCAAUGCACUUGUCUCUUUUAUACCUUGUGCAACUCGUAGCAAGUAUUUAAGUUCUGUUUGGCUUACUAUCAAACGCUUUGUCUGCUCUUACUACCCUAGAGGGACGGGGUUACAUUAGGCACCUUUAUUUGUCAAGAGAGUUAAAACCCAACUCAAAGUCAGUGUGGAGAAAAAGAGGCAAUAUUGGACAGUCCCUCGUCUGCUUUAUAUUAGAAGCUGCAUAAACUUGGUGGGCACUUUUUAUGUAAUAGAAAUUUGAACUAACCACAGGCUCUAGCUCGUUUGCUUGAACACAACUUAGAAAAGGGCGCGUGGAGUUGUGUGUGUAAUUUUUCUUUGAAUUGUUGCUUGCCUUUCUCCUGUAAGUUUCUGAAAAUUCAAACAAGCGAAAGGUAUCAAAUAAAUGUGUUCACUUCAUAUAUGUGCAUAGCAGCUACAUGUAUUAGCUUAAGACUAGAGAGCACGUCUCUUACAGUCUUGCCGUAGAGAUCUUCUUUAGCUUAGCUGUUGUUUGAGAAACUGCUCAGAUUAAACUUAAAUUAUCAUGUUUUUUUGCCAUAGAAGGCUGCUUCAAUCAUAUAGGCUGUUUUUGAAAGAGAAGUUCAAACCACCAUACAAAGGACGUAGAAAUUACAGUGUUCUCCUAUAUGCAAAACUGUUAUCAUUGAUCGCCUCGCCUCAUUUUCACUUGGAUUCUCAUUUUUUUUUAUAAAUUGCUUGGGUUGCGUUAUAGGACCCUUUUUUAUAAAUUGCUUAUGCUACCAUAUUUCUGCCUUUGUUUAGUUAGUCUUAUUUCACUGGUUAAUCUAUUCGUUUUGUAGCUGCAUGCUUUUAUUAGUGAAACAUUAUCAUAAAGCUAUUCUUUCCUGUGGCUCUGUGCAAUCCUCCUUAGUAUAACACUGGAAACUUCAAAGGAUAUCUGUUUUAUGCCUUUUAAACUGAAAUUGGUAUUUUUGAUUUUUAGAUAGAAUUUGAAUCGGUGUUUGUCAGCCUAGUAGCGUUUUUCUGUUAACCAUUAUCCAUGUUUCUUAAAUCCUGGAGUACUCUACUGGGCGAUUGAGUUUCUAAUAGAAUUUACCCUCGGUACCAAUCAUCAUUAUUUACUGUUUGUUUUUACGCAGUUUCAAAAGUUUAAGGUUGAACUAAAUUAUAGUAUGAGCUUCUCGUUUGGUACUUUCAAUUUUUCAAGUUUUAGUUAUGCAGGCCUUUUGUCUUAUUCCGUCUUGUUUCAUAUUCUUAAAUUCUUGUAAUUAAGCAUAUCUUAAUUUAAUAUAUAGAACUUGCUAAUGCGUUAUUCACUUGCUUCAGUCAUUGGGUGAUCCGCUGGAUCAGAGCGCAGAUAUUGAAGCUGGGUGAUACAUGAUGCGGUAUUAAUCUUUAGCAUCCUUUAUCUAUACUGCUCUGGUGGUGGUGGUGUUCGUAUUCAUUACAUUAUUGUUAGCGUGCCGUAUAAUCUGUACAUGGUUCCACACCCUUGUAAAUAACGAUUAACUAGAAACCACCUGCAUUUUGUAUUCAACCCUCCUAUGAAUUAAUAAUUUAAUGAAAAUGUUACCUGGGAGUUUUUCA